AUGGGUCGGCUGUUCACAGUCCUAGUGGCUGCAUUAGCGGCAACAGGGUCUUUUCUGCAUGGAUAUGACUCAGGCGUCAUGACAGACGUGAUUGAUUCUCCAAAUUUCUUGAACUUCUUCAACACAACCCAAACCUCGGCCAUUGUGGGUGCCAUUAACAGCACAUUUUCUGGAGGAGCGGUCUUCGGGUCGCUCCAAGGCGGACUGACAAUGGAUCGAUUCGGCCGCAAGGCAACUAUCCAACUAGGCGCAUUCCUCUGCUUGAUUGGUGCCAUUCUCCAAGCAGCCGCUCAGAACCUGGCGAUGAUCCUAGUGGGUCGCGUCUUAGCAGGCUGGGCCAUCGGAUUAAUGUCCAUGUCUGUUCCCGUAUACCAAGCAGAGUGUGCUCAUCCUCGUUCUCGAGGCAUGAUCGUAGGACUAGCGCAGCAAAUGAUCGGCAUGGGCUUUAUAGUCAGCACGUAUGGUCCUUCCCCAGUUCCGAAAGUAAUCCCAGAACUGAUUAACCCUAGAUGGGUCGGUUAUGGAUCCCUCCAUGCGCCACCCACCAGCCAAUUCCAAUGGCGAUUUCCCCUCGCUUUCCAGGUCGUUCCGGCUCUGAUCUUGGGAUUUGGCAUGCUCUUUCUUCCCGAGUCGCCGCGGUUCCUUAUCGAGAAGGAACGCUAUACGGAGGCCCGGACCAUUCUUCACAAGCUGCACUUCGAUGGCACGAAUGGUGAUUGGAUCGAGACCGAGUAUACUGGCAUCCGCACUGCGAUUGAAGCAGAAAAGGGUACUACAGCCCCCGGCUGGAUAGCCAUGUUCAUCGUCCCACAGUGGCGGACUCGAUUGCUGUGUGUGCCAGUCCUUUCUCCUCAUGUCUGUUGCUCUAACGCUCUUCGCAGACAUGGUGUUGCCGUACAGGUUUUCACUCAAAUGACUGGAAUCAACGUGAUUGGAUAUUAUCAAACAAUCAUGUACAAGUCACUUGGGAUUGGAGGAAGCCGAAACACCCUCGUAGCGGGCAUUUAUAAUUGCAUCGGCCCUUUUGCCAAUCUGAUCUUUGUGGUAUUUAUUCUCGACCGGGUUGGGCGUCGUCGACCCAUGCUAUUCGCCACCAUAGCCAUCUCCCUCGCGCUCAUUUGCGAAGCUGCUCUCAACUCACAGAGUCCAGGGACUCGAGGCUCUAGUGUCGGUGGUGUAUUCUUCAUCUUUCUGGUAUCGGUUAUCUUUUCGAUGUCUUUCGGGCCCUGUAGCUGGGUGUACAUGGCAGAAGUCAUGCCGAUGCAGAUCCGGGGCAAAGGAACCGCCUUUGCGGUUGGCAUAGGAAACUGGGCAGUGGGGACUCUUUGGAAUCAACUCUCGCCCGUUGCUUUGGGUCAGAUUCAGUGGAAGUUCUAUUUCGUUUUUGUGGCGUGGAAUAUCUGCAUCUCCUUUCCCGUCAUCUUCUUCCUUUUCCAAGAAACGAAACAGAAAUCUCUCGAAGAGAUCGACCUGCUCUUUGGACCCGCAGUGGGUACAGGGGUAAUCAUGGAAGAGUUUGAGAUCGGCAGACCGCAGCAGACACACGACAAAGAACAUAUAGAUGUAUCUGCAAGAAAUGUUGAAGACGUGCGCAUUGACUGUUAG